AUGGAAACCCGUCCUCUAAUUUGGCCUUGGAGAAAGGUCUUCUGGAGUUGCACUGUGGCCAAUCCUGCAGUAAAUCUGGUGACGUCAGGACCUUAUGGUCUUAUAUUUGCAUCUUUUGUACCCUUUUUCUUUGACAUUCCAGUUUCAACACGCUUUCGUGUAUUUGGUGUGCGCUUCUCAGAUAAGUCUUUCAUAUAUCUAGCUGGUCUACAGCUUCUUUUAUCAUCCUGGAAAAGAUCAAUCUUACCAGGGGUAUUCGGCAUCCUUUGUGGUUCCUUAUAUCAUCUAAAUGUCUUCCAUAUCCGCAAAGCAAAGUUCCCAGAAGUCAUUGCUUCUUUCUUUUCACGGAUUUCUUGGCCAUCAACGGGGAGUCCGCCAGCAGCGCCAACUAGAAAUAUUGUGGGAAGUGCAACACCAUUCACAGCUCGGCAAGUAGAGAGAAAUUAUCCCUCUGCCUUGGCUUCUGCCACAGAGCCAACGGAGGCCUCCAUUGCGACUCUGGUUUCUAUGGGUUUUGAUAGGAAUUCUGCCAGACAGGCACUGGUGCAGGCAAGAAAUGAUGUCAACGUAGCUACAAACAUCCUUCUUGAAGCGCAGGCUCACUGA